GGGGUCCGCCUGUUUUACAGUAUUCUUCAAGGACAGCCCUACUUUUCUGUGGAGAGAACAACAGGACUUUAUCAUAUGAAUAUCUCUGAGGCAGCACCCAUAGGAACCAUUGUAGGCAAAAUCUUGGCAGACGAUGGUGACAUAGGAGAUAAUGCAGCAAUGAAGUAUGAAAUAGAAGGACAUGCCUCUCACAUCUUUGACAUUGAUACUAACAAUGAGACUCAAGAAGGAAUUGUCAUAUUAAAGAAGAGAGUAGAUUACGAGAACAGAAGUAGAUAUGAAAUUACAGUCAAAGGUGUCAACAGACACAUAGAUGAGCGUUUUCUACAAGAUGGGCCAUUUGAAGACUCAGCUAUACUUAAGAUCAGUGUGGAGGAUGCUGAUGAACCUCCAGUUUUCACCUCAAAGGAAUAUGCGAUGGAAAUUUCUGAAGGGGCUGUGGUUGGUUCAUUUGUAGGGACUGUGAGUGCUAGAGAUCCAGAUAAUGCCAACAGUCCGAUCAGGUAUUCUAUUGUCCCCAGCAAGUAUUUAAAUAGACGGUUCAGCGUCAAUGCACACAAUGGAACAAUCAUUGUAACUAAACCGCUGGACCGAGAGAUAGCACCUUUGCAAUAUUUAAUCGUUACAGCCACUGAAUCAAUGAACCCCAAACAAAUAUCAAAUGUGAAUGUUUCUAUCCAAGUUGUUGAUGUUAAUGAAUAUUGGCCAGAACUCUCUGAAUACUAUGAAAUAUAUGUGUGUGAAAAUGCAAAAUUUGGACAGCUCAUUCAGACCAUCAGUGCAGUGGAUAAAGACAAUCCUAUGGAAAAUCACCACCAUUUCUCCUUCUUCAGUUUGGCUGAAGCCACAAACAGCUCCAGUUUUGCAGUCAAAGAUAAUCAAAAUAAUACAGCAGGAAUUCUUACCAGAAGCAAUGACUUCCAUCGUCAAGAGCAGUCUGUUUUUGCCUUGCCAAUCCUAAUUGCUGACAAUGGCAUUCCAUCUCUCACCAGCACAAGCACCUUAACAGUCUUUGUGUGUGACUGUGAUACUGAAGCCAAUCUCAGGUUCUGUAGAUAUGGAGCCCUGGGCAUUAGUGUGGAAGCAUUUGUUGCUAUUGUGGCUUGUACUUUAAUUAUAUUAGUGUUUGUUCUGGCAAUUCUGGCCUUCAGGCAGCAGAGGAAACAAUCUCUAUUUCAUGAGAAAGGCGAAGAGUUCAGAGAGAACAUUGUUAAGUAUGAUGAUGAAGGAGGUGGAGAGCAAGACACCAAGGCCUUUGAUAUGGCAACGCUGAGGAACCAAUCAGUCCUGAGGGAGCACAAGCCUCGAAGAAACGUAACAACACAAAUUCAGAGCCUUUACAGGCAAUCUCUGCAAGUCGGCCCUGAGAGUGCUGUAUUCCGGGAAUUUAUUUCUCAAAAGCUAGAAGAAGCCAACUCAGAUCCAGAUGUUCCCCCUUAUGAUUCCCUUCAGACUUACGCUUUCGAAGGAGAUGGGUCAGUGGCUGGAUCUCUUAGCUCACUGGGAUCGAGUUCAUUUGAUCUGGAUGUAAAUUAUGAAGACUUUGUUCAAUUGGGCUUCAAGCAGUAAAACAGUGUGCAUAGAUCUGUAAAUAAUGCAUAAUAACAACAACAACAACAACAACAUUCGAUUUAUAUACCAUCCUUCAGGACAACUUAAUGCCCACUCAGAGUGGUUUACAAAGUAUGUCGUUAUUAGGGAAUAGAAACAACAUAACUGGAGAAAGAGUUAAAAAAACAGUAUGGCUCCCUUAUUCUAUCAAAGCAGUGGGGGGAAGGAACCUAAGGGAAGUAGAAAGCAAGCACUUUUGAAAUACAGCACAUAGUUUAUUUCUCCUGCUGCACAGAAUGAGGUCAGGAUUAGGAAACAGUGUCACACUGUACCUACUGCUAAAGCAACAUUUUCUGUACUUCAGCAUGUAUGGGACUCUCACAUUUUGAAAAGGAUUGACUAGCUACUGGUACUGGGCUGAAAAGUCUGUAUUGUGAGCACUGGAAAAAAUGAGGCAAGUUAUUUGUAAAAACGUUGUACAAUUUAAGCCUCCCAACUAGUUACAUAGCUGUUAUCAUUACAAUAACUGUAAACUAAAGAUUUAAUAUAAAUAUGUUUUAUAACAGAAACAUAAUUUUGUAUUACUUUAGUAUAAGCUAUGGAUCACUUUAGAAACAUGGAAAACCUGGAUGGAAAAAUCAGAACAAAAUGUAAUAUGUCUCUGAGACAAAUUUUAGGAAUGUUUUCUCAAAACUCCAUUAUCUGUUAUGUCCACCAUUUUAUCUUGGCUUUUAUCCUACAUUUGUUCAGGUAUGCAUGUGAUUUGGAUCUUGUUUGUUGUUUCAGAGUUCCAAUAUACUUCAGGAAAACAAAAGUAUUUAUUUUCAGUUAUGCUCAUAUUCAAAUAAAGGUAAUUUAUCAAUGCUAAAAUAUAGUUUUCUGAAACAGCCAACAUUUAUUUUCAA